AUGCCCUUCGGGCUAACUAACGCGCCAGCGACGUUUCAGAGAGCAAUGGAUAUUCUGCUCUCUCCGUUCCGUUGGAAGUGCUGUUUGUACCUGGGCCAUGUCGUUCGGCCAGGUACAUUGGAAGUGGACGCUGCGCGAACCGUCGCAUUGGAACAAGUGAGGUACCCUCAAACGCAGACCCAGCUCAGGAGCUUUUUGGGACUUUGUAAUGUCUACCGCAGAUUCGUUCCGCAUUAUGCGAAAAUCGCGCAUCCGCUCAAUCAACUGUUGAAGAAGGGACAACCAGUCCAGUUGGAAGGAUUCGACGAACCGUGCGAAAAAGCUUUUCAUAAGCUCAAGGACGCUAUCUUGGCGCCACCGGUGUUGGUGCUGCCGAAGGAGAACCUACCAUACUCGGUAGAGACCGAUGCAAGCGACUAUCAAAUCGGCGCUGCAUUAUUUCAGACACACCCGGGUGCACAACGUAAACCCAUCGAGUUCUUUUCAAGAACGUUAGCCGCAGCCGAGAGAAACUAUUCUGUAUCAGAAAAAGAAUGUCUAGCGGUAAUUUGGGCCGUACAGACUUUAAGACCAUAUCUAUAUGGCGAGCACUUCAUUGUGCAUACCGACCAUGCCUCAUUGAGGUGGUUGAUGAACGUAACCGACCCCAGCGGGAGAUUAAUCCGAUGGAGGCUCCGCCUCUCGAAAUUUGAUUUCGAAAUCAAGUACAAGAAGGGCAAGGCGAACAGCCAAGCCGAUGCCCUGUCAAGAUUACGGACCGCAGGAGAAACCGUCGACGAAAUCGACGACGAAAUUCCAUGCUUUAUAGCCGAACCGGCCGAGGGUACAGUGGAGGACGAGGAAAGUGAGAACGUUCAGCACGGAGACCGAGGAACUCGAAGGAACUCUAUGCCGUACUGCGGCGGAGUUUGUACAAGUGGUAAUACCACAAUCGUUAAGGGACCGCGUCCUAGGGUUAAGCCAUUACGCAAAAUUGGCAGGCCACCCGGGAGGCAGGAAACUUUACAAGACAAUCAGAAGAUUUUUUACUGGCCUACGAUGGCCCUAGACUGCUAUGCAGUCGCGAAGAAUUGCGCCGCAUGUGCGCGGGAAAGGGUGAAGUUAAGAAGAAACACGAAUGAAAUGAAGCUUUUCACGCCCAAAGCUCCGCUGGAGUUUGUCGCCAUCGACAUCCUCGGCGAGCUAAUUACAACUAAACGAGGAAAUCGGUAUAUUCUCGUGAUCAGCGAUCGAUACUCGAAACUGGUACGAACCGUACCGUUGAAGAAGAUAUCAGUUGCACACAUCGCACAAGCCUUCGUUCACCAUUGGGUAUUCUUGUACGGACCGCCGGUCAAGCUGCUGUCCGACAAUGGAACACAGUUCACGGCCCGAUUCUUUCAGAAUGUAUGCCGAAUUCUUGGCAUACGCAAUGUGUUCACGAAUACGUACCACCCGCAAGCCAACGGCCAAGUUGAGGGGUUUAACCGCACGCUGACUUCCGCGUUGCGAAAAUAUGUUGGAGAGCAUCCCAAGGACUGGGACUUAUUUAGCGACGCUGUGACGUUGUCAUACAACACACAAGUUCAUCGAACUACGAACAUUACGCCCUUCGAGCUGGUGUUAGCUCGGGCGCCGAGAAGCAUUGCGUUACAAGUGCAACCAACUUUGGAGAACUUUAGCUCGUCACGAGCAUACUACAUGAAGUGGCAGUCGUGGUUGGAGAGCCUAAUGCGAGGCGCCGAUAAGAGUUUGCGGAAGGAACAAGCCCGGUACAAGCGAAAUUUCGACGCACGCCUUCGCAAUCCGCAAUAUGAGAUCCCACCGGGGUCCUACGUGUUCCUUCGGAAGGAGCAGGGCACGGCUAGCGAACCGAAACACAAGCUGGCACAAGUCGCUACAGGACUUUAUCACGUCAGAAGAUCGGAUCAACAUACGGUAGUCAUUGCCAUUGGCGAUCAGGAGGAACGCGUAUCGCGAGACAGGGUGGAGUUAGCCCCAAGCCCGAUGGACUAUGCGCCGAUAACUGGCCUACGUCAAGCGCUACAGUUCCUGGGAGCGCCGGAGCUAAACGAAGAAGGAGAGGUAAUGGAGGACGAGGAAUGUCCUCACACCCGUGCGCCUACGUCAGGGGACCAGGACAAUCUAAUUAGUCAAGCGCCGACAGCGGAGACAUCUCCGGACCUACGCGAUUUCGGAAAGUCCAGAGAAGAGGACGAAUUGGAAGAUCUUCAAGAGGGGGAAGGGAACAGUUCAGAGAAAGGAGAGGAAACGGAGAAUACGGAAUACGUAAUCGAUCGGGUCGCCGACCACGAGUAUCAAAAUGGUAAUUUGAUUCUCAAGGUGGAAUGGUACGGCUAUACGCCCGAGGACGGGACGUGGGAGCCCAUUGAGCAGUUACCCCGCAGUGCGGCCGUCACGUAUUUCGGAAGGAAGAAGUUACCCUUGCCGCCGCAAGUCGCGCGCGCGCGAGUGGGAUAG